AUGAGCGCCACCAGCACCGCUGCCUUGACGGGGACUGGCACGGGCGUUAUCCCUGCACCCGAGGGCGUGACGCCUGAUUUAAAGGAUCCUGAAAGGCAUUAUCAUACUGCAAAUCUAGUUGUGGUUAUUGUGGGUGUUACAGUCAGUACAUUAUGUCUCCUGGUGAGAGUAUAUACGAGGGUGGUUAUUGUGCGGAAGUGGCUGCUUGAUGAUGAUUUUCGCAGCAAUAACCCAAGCCCUACUCCUAUGUACGCACCACCUACCUCCAUCUCAGCCUAA